AUGGAGGAAUCGGCAGAGCCUGAAGAGCAAGGUGAGAUGAAUAAAGUCAGGAUGUAGGUACGAAUAUAUGUAUUAUAAUUUGUAGUGGUCGCGUUAAUUCUGUGAGGAAUUCAAAGAUUAAGAAGACAGCCGAAGAUCCGGAACAUCAAUUACCCAUUGUUUACAGCCCUGAUUACAAUAUAACCUGUUAUGGGCUCGAGAAAUUACAUCCUUUUGAUUCGUGUAAAUGGGGGAGAGUUAUGGAUCAACUCAUCGGUGAGGAAUUUCAGUAUACUUCAUUGCAAUUUUAGAAGAUGGAUACAUGACAGAGUCCAUGUACAUUCGUCCAACCGAAGCUUCUCAUCAAGACCUUAGAGUUGUCCAUUCCCAGCAUUAUUUGAAUUCUCUUUUGGUAUCUUGCGUCGUUGCAAAAUGUGUGGAAGUCCCAUUGGUGGCUCUCGUUCCCUACUGUAUCAUCGAAAAAAGAUUACUCAAGUCAAUGAGGUAUUUUUUUAUUAAUCAUCUUUUGUUUAAAACGUUCUACUUUUGUUCGGACCUCAUCGCAGAAACCCCGGAUUUCUUGUCUGUGGGCCCGCUAGGCAAGGCCUGCGGGCUUUCUGUCCAGAACUCGCUGAGUUCAGCAAGAAUCGGCGAAUCUUGUCCAGAGCCCGACAAGAAAUAAGCAAAAGUUGUCUGCGAUGCAGGCGAUUAAAUUUAUAUGAUUCCAGUCAUAACGGAUUCCCAGUUUUUCAAUCGUCGCUGCGCCUUUUCUAUCCUAUCUGGUCGUCUGAAGAUCAUUUUGUUAUUUUUGGGGUUUCUGUGACGAGGUCCAAAAAAGUAGAACUUAUAUUUUUUACGGCAACUUUUAUAGACUGAACAACAGUUAUCAAAACAGCAUUAAACACAUAGAAAUGAAUUCCAGAAACACAGGUCACUCCCGGAGGGACCUCCUGUUUUCUGGUCAUCUUUAAUGUAAAGUCAAAUAUUUCAGACUCCAAACUGGAGGAACAAUCACAGCCGCAUAUCUAGCCCUAGAAAAAGGAUGGGCCAUCAAUAUUGGAGGUGGAUUCCAUCAUGCUCAUGCCUACGGUGGUGGAGGCUUUUGUAUAUAUGCUGACAUUACACUCGCUCUUCGAUUCCUCUUUUUGGACAAUAAGAUCAAAAAAGCGAUGAUAAUAGAUCUGGAUGCACAUCAAGGAAAUGGACCUGAAAAGGAUUUUGCCGGGGAUAAAAACGUUUGUAUUGUGGAUGUAUUCAAUUACGAGAUCUACCCUCGCGACUUCAAAGCCAAGGAAUCCAUUGAUCUGGCUGUGAGAUUACAGAGUUACACUCAAGAUACUGAAUAUUUGUAUGAACUGAAAAAGGCUCUAAGCAAAAGUUUAGAGGAUUUUGAGCCGGAUCUUGUUAUCUAUAAUGCUGGCACUGAUUGUCUUGAUGGGGAUGCGGUUGGACAUCUUAGUCUCUCGGAAAGGGUAAGAGUUUUUACUUAUAGUUUGUUUGCUUUCGCGCUCUGGUUACCCAAGCAGCUACUUUAGGGUACGGUAACUCGAGAUGAAAUGGUGUUCACCAAAGUUAGGGAAGCGGGUCUUCCAAUAGUUAUGUUAUUGAGUGGAGGAUACACUCAUAAAUCUGCUCAGGUCAUCUCUACCUCCAUUAAAAAUCUUUUUGAUAAGAAGGUAAUCGGAUAG